GUCUAAGCUGCUCCGACGUUUAUAAGGACCCACGCAGGUCUGCCGUUAGACCGACAUUCAUAAGAUGCCACCCGACGACUUCGCUUUUCCAGACAACAUGGUGUCUGCACAGAGGUGGGCAGAGCAUGGCUGCACAUUUUUACAGUUGCUGCUCUUAGUGUCUUUCUCACACACCCAGGUGCCGUUCUGCAGGCCGGUAGGGGACCUGGAGACCCCUCAGCUGUCUAAGGAUGGGGACAUUAUCUUGGGUGGAAUCUUUUCUUUUCACAGCAGCUGGAAGAACAGAGAAAACACUUACACACAAAAGCCACUGCCACUGGAAUGCAUCAGCUUGAAUUUCAGAGAGUUCCAGUUUGCUCAGUCCAUGCUUUUUGCCAUCGAGGAGAUAAAUAACAGCACAGACCUGCUGCCGGGCAUAUCACUCGGUUAUGACAUCUACGACACUUGCGGCUCCAUCGCCAGAAGUGUAAAAGUCGCCCUUGCCUUGACAAAUGAUGACAGCAAUGUGUCUUCAACCUCUGAGGGUCCAUGUAUGAAAGCAGCACAGGUGCAGGCCAUCAUGGGAGAAACAUCCUCCUCUCCAAGCACAGCGAUAGCCACCGUCAUCGGACCAUUUAAUAUCCCACUGAUCAGCCAUUUUGCCACAUGUGCUUGUCUCAGUGAUAAAACCAAGUAUCCAUCUUUUCUAAGAACAAUACCCAGUGACUACUAUCAGAGCAGAGCUCUGGCUCAUCUGGUCAAGCAUUUUGGCUGGACUUGGGUCGGAGCCGUCAGAACCAACGACGACUACGGCAACAACGGCAUGGCGACGUUCACAGAGACUGCAGAGCAGCUGGGCGUCUGCCUGGAAUAUUCUGUCUCUUUCUUCAGAACGGAUCCUUUAGAGAAAAUCCAAAAGAUCAUUGAAAUUAUGAAGUCUUCCACCUCAAAGGUUAUUGUCGCUUUCCUUUCCCACAUGGACAUGGACGUGCUUAUGCACGAGCUGUCGCCUCACAAUUUGACCGGGCAUCAGUGGAUCGGCAGUGAGUCCUGGAUCUUUGACUCUCAAAUUGCAGCAAUGGAUAAGAAUCACAUUCUGGACGGAGCGAUCGGCCUUUCCGUUCCUAAAGCGAGAGUCGGUGGACUCAGAGAGUUCAUGUUUAAUGUUGAGCCCCUGAAUUCGGCCAAUAGUGAGUUAUUUACUGAGUUCUGGGAGGCGUUGUUCAGCUGUAAGUUCAAGGAGUCAGAGUCAGCUGAAUUUCAAAGCAAAUGUACAGGACAUGAGGAUCUGACAGAAGUGGAAAACAGCUUCACUGACAUGUCCCUCAUGCCCAUUUUUAAUAAUGUGUAUAAGGGAGUGUAUGCAGUGGCUCAUGCUCUGCAUGAUAUUCUCAGCUGCAAUAAAACAUGCAACGACAACGUGCGGCUAGACCCGACGACGAUUUUACAGCACCUAAAGAAAAUUCAUUUUAAAACAAAGGAAGGUGAUGAGGUGUAUUUUAAUGAGAAUGGAGACCCAACAGGAACUUAUGAAAUAAUAAACUGGCAACCAGGAGAAAACGGCAUGGUGGAUUUUGUGACUGUUGGUCUGUAUGAUGCAUCGUUGCCUGCAGACAAAAAGCUCAAUUUGACAAACAGCGCUCUAAUUUGGACACAGAACUCGCUGGAGGUUCCUGUGUCAGUUUGCAGUGAAACGUGUCCACCGGGAACACGCAAAGUCCUGCAGAAAGGAAAACCUGUUUGCUGCCACGACUGUGUCAAGUGUGCAGAAGGAGAAAUAAGCAACACCACAGAUUCAGUCACCUGUGUGAGAUGCCCCCUUGAAACCUGGUCAAACGAGGCAAGAGAUGCCUGUGUAAAGAAAGAGGCCGUGUUUCUGUCGUAUGGGGAGAUUAUGGGAGCGCUGCUCACUGCAGCGUCUCUGUUCGGAACGUGCUUGACUGCCAUUGUUACAGUCAUCUUCUUCAGAUACAGAAAAACUCCUCUCGUGAGGGCCAACAACUCUGAGCUGAGCUUCCUGCUGCUCUUCUCCCUGACUCUGUGCUUCCUCUGCUCUCUGACCUUUAUCGGCGAACCCUCUGAGUGGUCCUGCAUGCUGCGGCACACAGCCUUCGGCAUCACCUUUGUGCUCUGCCUCUCUUGUGUCCUGGGGAAAACCAUAGUGGUUCUAAUGGCAUUCAAAGCCACGCUGCCAGGAAAAAAUGUGAUGAAGUGGUUCGGACCGACACAGCAGAGACUCAGCGUUCUCACUUUCACUGUUGUGCAAGUGAUCAUCUGUAUCCUCUGGUUGACGAUUUCACCUCCUUUCCCAUUUAGGAAUUUCAACGAAAUCAAAGACAAAAUCAUCUUGGAGUGUUCUCUGGGGUCGGCUGUGGGCUUCUGGUCGGUGCUCGGGUACAUAGGACUCCUCGCUGUGUUGUGCUUCACUUUGGCUUUUCUGGCUCGGAAACUUCCUGACAAUUUCAACGAAGCUAAGUUCAUCACGUUCAGCAUGCUGAUCUUCUGCGCCGUGUGGAUCACUUUCAUCCCAGCGUACGUCAGCUCGCCUGGGAAGUUAAGUGUUGCAGUGGAGAUUUUUGCCAUUUUAGCCUCUACUUUUGGUUUGCUGUUUUGUAUCUUCAUCCCUAAAUGUUAUGUAAUGCUGCUAAAACCGGAAAAAAACACGAAAAAGAACAUGAUGGGGAAGGGGCAAUCAAAGUUAUUCUGACGAUGAAAGGUAACAAAAGUGAUUAAAUAUUAUCAGACACAAAAUAUAUUGUAUAUUGUCUGUUCAUUGUAAGUUUUUUGUCUCUGUGUGUCAUAAAAAUGAUGAUAUAUUGUCUGACUCUUGAGGGGAAACUCAUUUAGACACACUGUGAGAUACAAUCUGGUGGCCUUGCAUUAAGCAGACGGUGUAAAGGUUAAGUGGUCUCUUACAUUUUCUAAUUCAUACACACAAAAAAUCUUCCUGUAUAAUUGUGUAAAUGUAUUUUCGUCAUUCUGUGUUGAAAAGUAAAAACUUCCUUGCUACCGAGAAGAAUUUACUGGCUUCACCUCAUGUGGUCUGUACAGCUAAGUCCAUUUCCUGUUUGUUUCAGAAAAUGGGAAAUUGUCUGCCGCUCUAGUCUCUGGCAAAAACGAGUCAACUGGAGGACUGUGAGCGUCAACAGGAAGUGGUGACGAUUCUGACAGCAGAGAUGUCGACGGGCACAUCUAGACUGUGAGGAAAGGACUAAUGCACCGGAUUGUUACGUCACAAGAAUUAAACAAAAGAAUUACCUUCUGUUUCAUUCUCGUGUCAAAAACAUCAGCUGCGCCGUUUGUAUGUGAACGUUUCACAAGCUGGUAUCACAGAGGGACUCUGCCACUUGGAAAUGAGACACAUUUUGAGCUUUGACGUGUUCAAAACAUGCAAAUAAAUGAGCAGGUUUCCCA